AUGCCAGUGAAGGAAUUGAAAGACCUACAGGAAAAAGCUGUAACCGAAUCAGUAACAAAAUUGGAAAAAGCUGAAGAAAAGGCUGAAGAAAAGGCUGAAGAAAUGGAGGAAGAACAGAAGGAAGUCAAUGAGAAAUCUGCCGAGUACAAUAAAAAGAAGCAGAACUUUAUUGUACGUACCACCUGGACCCUUGUGAUGGUUCUCGGAAUGUUCAGUAUCCUCUUUCUCGGACCAAUAUGGGUCAUUGGUUUGGUUAUAGUUUUGCAAAUAUUGACAUUCAAAGAAAUCAUUGCCUUGUCCUCAAGACCAGCAAGAGAAAAGGAAUUACCAAUGAACAGAACUUUGAGCUGGUACUUUUUAUUGACUUCCUCCUACUACUUGGAUGGGGAAAGUUUUAUCCAUCAUUUCAAACAUUUUAUUUUUGUUGAUAAGUUUUUAUCACCAUUGGCUACAAAUCAUCGUUUUAUCAGUUACUGCCUUUAUGUGUUGGGUUUUGUUUUCUUUGUUGCCACUUUAAAGCCAGGCUAUUAUAAGAUGCAAUUCACCCAAUUGUGUGUCACCCACAUGGCUUUGAUUAUUGUUGUUUUCCAGGCUCAUUUGAUCAUUAGCAAUAUUCUCACUGGGUUAUUCUGGUUUUUGUUACCAGUUGGAUUGGUGAUUAUCAACGACAUUUUCGCUUACAUCUGUGGUAUUGCUUUUGGCAGAACUCAAUUGAUUGCUAUUAGUCCAAAGAAAACUGUGGAAGGCUUUGUUGGUGCUUGGGGCUUCACAAUUUUGUCUGGUUUCCUCUUGACAAGAAUUUUAGGCGAAUAUAAUUUCUUGGUUUGUCCAGUUGAGGAUUUGAGUAUCAGUGUCUUUUCUAGUACAGUUUGUGAGCACAACCCAGUGUUCAUUCCACAAUCUUAUAGAUUGCCACCGGUUUUGGGAGAUUUGAUCUCCCAAGACUUCAUUGUUUUGAAACCAAUUUAUUUCCACGCUAUUGUUUUGGCAACUUUUGCUUCAUUAAUUGCGCCAUUCGGUGGAUUCUUUGCGUCUGGUGUCAAGAGAACCUUCAACAUCAAGGAUUUCGGGGAUACUAUUCCAGGGCAUGGUGGUAUUACUGAUAGAAUGGAUUGUCAAUUCUUGAUGGGAUCAUUCUCUUACUUGUAUUAUGAAACUUUUAUUUCCACUCACAGAGUGACUGUCGGAUCAGUGUUACAAAUGGCCGUUAGUAAUUUGAGUACUGCACAAAUUAUCCAAUUGGUUAAUGCUUUACAAUUAUUUUUGCAUAACACGGGUGUCAUUGAUGCAGAGACAUACGCCAGUUUAUCAGAAACAUUGUGA